AUGUCGUUCAGUGUUACUCCCCGAGGACGUGGUCGUACCGUCUACACGAAUCGUGUAUAUGAAAUCGACUUAACACCAAUUCCCUGCAAGCUGAAGGAACUCUGCCGCCGCACUGCCGCAGGCCGGGUUCAAAAGCCAGCCCACAGUCAAUGGCCUGGAUUUGUAUCAAGUCUAUAUAAAGACUCAAGGGACCUCACAAGUUACUUACGCGCGGGAUUCUCAGACUAUAUGGCAAGAAGAUACCAACACCUACCUCUUGGUGCUUGCAUAGGAUGGCUCAGAGAUCCUAUCACGAAACAGGAAAAGCUGUACAUCAAAGACCACUUCUCAGGGGCCAUCCGGCCCAAGCGAAUGACGGAUGACAUGUGGAACGCCAUGCCCCGAGAUCAACUCGCAAGACGCCAGGAAGAAUGGCUAGAAGCCAAUCCGCCCGAACCAGACUCAGAUAUCGAGGGUGACGAUGACGACGACACUGACGACGACACUGACGACGACACUGACGACGACACUGACGACGACACUGAUAAUAACGUUGACAAUACCCUUGGCAAUAACGUUGAUGAUAAAGAGCCAACCCCCAACAACUCACCGGUCAGCGAGGAAGAUGAAGAUCCCGAAGAUGGCGAUAAUUCUGCUGCCUCACCUAGCGACUCCAGUGAUCACAGCGACCGUGAUGAUCAAGGCGAUUCUGGUGACGAUAGCGAUCACAGCGAUGGCGGGGACGACAACAACAACUACGACGGCGACGAUGAAGAGUAUAGUAGCGAUUCCGGCUAUUCCAGUGACUCUAGCGAUCAAAGCGACGAGAACAGUGGAAGCAAGGAAACACGCCAAGACACAAACAGUCGCAAAAACAACAACCAGGUCGAACAUGACCCAGCGUUCUAUGAUCUAGAGAGACCGCCCAUAGACCCGGUGACCAUACGGUUACGGGAUCUCAAAGCAGAGUUCGACAAAAAUGAAGUCGAGCGCCGGCGGCGCGAACGGGCGGAGAAUCGAGCUGCUUGCAUGCGAUGGCGGAUACAUCGAAGAUAA